CCAAACUCCCUCUCAAUAUCCCGUGUCCUCCAUGGGUCUGGCCUCAGCGUGUGUCCUGCGUCAGCACAUGUGUCUGUCUCAGCUGACAUCACUCUGCCCAUCAGCCCGAGUCCAAGGAAACAGCGAGAAACCACAGCAGCCCACCAGAAGGUUUUUUGCUGUGGUUCUAGGAAGUCCCAACAAAUGCAGCUCAACUACAGAAUGCAAGGCAGACCAAUGCAUGUUUGUCCUUAGUGCAGAACCCUUCAUCACGUGUCCUUUCACAUGCGUGCUUUAGCAGAACAUCCUUUUACCUGCGUCUGCUUCAGUGAAACGUUCCUUCACACAUCUGCCUUAGCCUUUCACCUGUGUCCACUUCAGGGAACCACUCCUUCAGGUGCAAAUUUCUCAAGAUUAGCAAACCGCAUACAGAACAUUCAGAACAAAACAAGGUGUGUGGUCAGCACGUCCUUGAGCCAAGUCCCUUCUCCUCGUCAGUGACGGCAGGCGUGUUACAGCAACAAUAUGAAAUGGCUGGCAGGCAUGGAACAAAAUGGCAAAGCUAUUCUGGGGGAUGUCAGACCGUACCAGCCAGCAGCUCAGCUGAAUUUUUAAGUUUUGAUGUUACAAGUGAAUAUACUUGACCUUCAAACGCUGAGAGAGCCCAUUUUAAUAUGAACUAUAUAAUCUAGGCCAAGACCGCCUCUAGGGCAAAGGCCCUCAGCCUGUGGGUCGUGACCCACACAGGGUCUCCUAUCAGAGAGUUUACACUACAAUAAAGAUUCAUUACAGUAGCAAAUUUACAGUUGUGAAGUAGCGACAAAAUAAUUUUGUAGUUGGGGUCACCACAGCAUGAGGAACUGUUCUAAAGGGUUGAGGCCAUAGGAAGGUUGAGAAACACUGCUCUAGGAAUUUAUGUUUUCUUUCUCUUUCAUAUUUUUCAGACAGAAUCUCAAACUGUAGCUGAGAUUGGCUUGGCUUGGAACACGUGUGUAGUUCAUGCUGGCAUCAGACUUAUGGCAAUUCUCCUGCUUCAGCCUCCUACUCAGGAGCCUACCAGGACGCUGGGAGAGAAACAUCAUCCCCCUGGCACUGACCUAAGCAAGAAUCAGGCCAAGAAGGAAAAGGAGAGGCUGAUUAAAGAGCUGCAGCUCAUUACCGAGGAGAGAAAUGACCUGAGAGAUCGCCUGAGGUUUCUGACAGAGAGAUCCAAGAACAACAGGCCACACUUCAGGCCAAAUCCAUAUUAUGAAGACCUGGAGAGAAUGGAGGAGGAGGUCAUGUCAAUUCUGCACAACUUAGAGAUGGAGAACACUGAGAUCCAUGAGAGCAACCAUAAGCUGAAGAAGGAGAUUACCUUCUCUAGAAACCUGCUCAGCCAGCUCCUGAUGGAGAACACAUGUAGGAAGAAGUUGGUCCCACUGAAGCAGGGGAGCAAGGAGGUCCAUCUUGAUUGUGCACUGAACCAGAAAUAUUUGGUUGACUUCAACAAGAAAGAUAAAGACCAGCAACGUCCAGACCCAGCAUCAUCAGGUCUCAGAAAGUGCAAGAGAGCUGGAAUUGGACACACACCAGUAAGAGAGCUUCCUGAAGAAUAAGUUGCUUUCUCAGGAGUCCCUGAUGACAAACAUCCUGAAUGGUAACAACAUUUUUUGGAUGAGUAUUCUUCCUCAGAGUUAAUUUGUCAUUUCUUAGAGACCCUAAAUUUAUAUAACACUAAGCCAGCCUGACUGAUUGAGGUCUUACUCACUUUCUUCUUCAGAAAACACCACUUGAGAGACAACUUGGGGGACGGCCUUUCAUUAUGUGUGCUAGAGGAGAAACAGCAAUACAUCUGUGCUUCUAAAUGUUCGUUAAGAAUGUGCUGUUUAGAAAUAUUUUUGUUAUGAUUUUAAUUGAAGUUUUCUUUUUGUUGUUUCAUAUUUAUAUGUUCUUGUUACUAUUUUUCACUUUCAAAUAUUUUUAAAUAUUUUUAUUCAUUUUAAUCCUGUUUUGUUGUAAAAAUGUAUUUGUUAUGAAUAAAAAUUGAAUUCUAUCUCUUGA